GGAAACAUGUUGACAUUUUCUUUAACGUCUGUCAAAGGCGUUGAUAAGUAGUCUCUUGAUGCUAUACCGCAAGACAAGAAAAUCUCACCAAGCUAACAUUCCAGGUAAGGCUUGAAGAUGUCAUACGCGGGGCGCAGAUCCGCUACCGAUUAACCUUUACACCCGCCAACCUCACGCUGCCCAAGCAUUGUGCAACGUUUUCUAAGAGGGUUUCACUUUGGAUGAGGGUUCAGACCGUCAAGCGAUAUUUUCUAGCAAGAGGGAGCAUGAAAAGCGCAUCACUAUGGGCGUUUGGCCGCGAGAUAUGUCGAAACAUCUGCGCCAACUGCAUGUUCCUUGAGAGCGCACAAAGGAGAAUAAAGUCGGUAAUCCACAGCAUUAGGGUGUGUGAGAGAGGCUUGGAUAAAUUUCCUCUUUACACUACUUAAGCUACGGCAUAUAAAAGGUAAUAUAUAUAUAUAUAUAUGUAAGCACGCAAAUGUACUUGCAUUCGUUUAUCUUUUUGAGCAAGUUCACAAAUCGGAUCCAAAGGCUGCCACACAUGGGCCUCUUCGUUUCAGUAAAUUGAAAUUCAUCGUUUUUUUUGUUGUUGCUUUCUAAUUGAGUUCCCGGCAAUUUUGUACAUGUACGAUUCCUUGUGGAAUCUUCAAAAUACGACCCUUGGACAUUCCGAAUUUGUUCUCUUAUUUACACCAUCGCUCCCACGAUAGGGGUUUGAUAGUUUAUUGAUCAAGCAUUAAUCACUCGAUUCCUGGAGAUUGCCCUCAAUCUACGUUCUUCUUUCCUUAUCUUUUUAAACCUUUACUCGUUUUGAAGAAAGGUAUCCUUUCUGCUCAUAACAUAGUCUACACUAAAGGCAACGUCUCUUAACCCCUAAUCAGUCAUUUGGUUAGAACGGAUCUGUCUCAUGUAGACUUCUGACGUUCUUUGGCGUCCAUUAUUUUUUUUUUGUAAAUGCCACGCACCUUUCGCUAUUCCAGACCAAGACUAAGCUCCGAAGAGACGCUUUUAGACUUUUUAUCUACCAAAUUCUCUUAUUUAACUAUCACACAGUGGAAAGAACACCUACACGCGGGUCAUCUUUCCAUUGGUGGAGUCCAAGUUUCCGAUGGGAACUCCAUUCUUCGGCAAAAUGAUAUCAUCACGUUCGCACCGCCGCGCACUCUCGAGCCGCCGGUGGAUGAUGCGCGGAUCGAGAUUCUUUACGAGGAUGCAAAGGUGGUCGUGUGCGUGAAGAAUGGGAACUUACCCGUAUCCGAAGGAGGCUGCUACUGCGAAAAUACACUGAUUUCGAUUCUCCGUCGGCGCGGCACCCGUCCGUUCUACACGAAUAAAACGUUGGAGGGGGUGGGAAACGAAUCCAUUCGGGUGAGAUCCGCCGUGUCCCCCAAACGACCCCGUGAGGACACUGAAGCAAAGGAGUCUCCGUUUGAUUUCUACCCGAUCCAUCGCCUUGACAAGGAGACGUCCGGGGUUUUAGUGAUCGCGAAGAGCUCAAAAGUCGCCAAACACAUUGGAGGGAGGUUUCAACAGCAGUCCACCGCCACCAUCGACGCCAUUGAAAACGUUAUCUGCGCUGUUUCACCAUCUUUUGCGGUUUUACCACGGCUAUUGGGAUCUUCGUCGAAUCCACUCGACGCCGUCAUCUCGCCCGCGAUGUUUGCGCGCCUUCACGAGGAAGCGAAGGCGGUGCGGAAGUCCUACGUGGCGAUCCUCUCCGGGGCGGCGGCGAAAGGAAUGGAGGUCGUCGUGAACGCACGGAUCGCGUCGAUCCGAAGUCUCCCUCCCUCUGACGAUUUCGCGCAAAAACACGGGAAAUUAACGAAGCUGAAGAUGGUCUGUGUGGAGGAUGUGUUGCGGGAGGCAAUCAACCGCGAGCGCGCCUUCACAAAGACCUCUACGACGGACGUUCCGGAAACCAAAUCGCUCGGGAAGGUGGCGAUCUCGCGCGUUCGUGUCGUGGCGUCGAGCGCGCGUUGGGGGAUUUCUCUCGCGAAAAUUGACCUUCUUACGGGGCGAACCCACCAGAUUCGUCUGCACUGCGCCCAUCUCGGCUACCCCGUUCUCGGGGAUAAACUUUACACCACACGACAACCAGGGGAGGUCGGGUUUUCCUUUCCCGUGGAGGAUAACGUCUACUUCGCGCGGGUUCGGGAUACGGAAGAGAGGUUUCCCGCGGAUUCCAUCACGCCAGCGUGGCGUUGCGCACGGCAUCUUUUGCAUGCCGCGAGGCUUUCCUUUCCCUACCACGCGACGGGGGAAGAGGAGGAGCGCGAGAUGUCGUUUGGGGUACCCUCAUUGAGGUGGUUUGAGGGGGAUGUGCGGCACGCCGAGGAGGGGGCGAUGGAGGAGCUUCGGCGGAUGCUUCGGGAAAUAGAGUAG